AUGUUUCGUCAUGCAGUGAUUACCGCUUUUCUGGGUCGCACCAGGGACAGGUUCCAGUAUUACAAUGAAGAGCGCAGUCUGGAACAGAAAUUUGCGUUAGUGCAGUCCAUAGCCGCUCUGAGUGGCGUGGAAAUUGUGUAUCCGUAUGAAGUGGAAACAGCGGAAAGAACCAGAGAAUUACUGACUCAGUAUCAGUUAGAGGUGGCUGCGGUCAAUGUGAAUGUCAAAGCCGAGCCGGAAUUCUUACAGGGUGGGCUGAGUUCGAGUCGACGGCAGACUCGGGAGCGGGCGGUACAGCUGAUACGGGAGGCCAAGGAUUUUGCUCUGGCCGUUGGUGCGGAUAAAGUGACCUGUUGUCCUCUGGGGGAUGGUUAUGAAUUUGCUUUUCAGACCGCUUAUGCCCGUGUCUGGGAUUAUUUUGCGGAGAGCCUGGGUGCUGCUGCGGAAUAUCGGCCGGAGCUCCCUUUGUUUAUUGAGCCCAAACCAUGUGAAAGCAGAGGCUCCUGUUUUUUUGAUACGGCGACCCGCACCGCUCUGUUCAUUCAGAAACUGGGUCUGCCGGCACCUGCUAUGGGUGUGACGAUUGACUUUGGUCAUUCGAUUUAUGCGAGGCAGAAUCCAAGUGAAGAAAUUGCUUUGUUGCAAAGUCUGGGGAUCCCUUUUUAUGUGCAUAUCAACGAUAACGAUAAGCGCUGGGACUGGGAUUAUAUCUCGGCCACCAGACAUGUCUGGGAGUAUACGGAGUUUUUAUAUCACCUGAUGGAAACGGGCUAUCGUGAUUUUCUGACUACCGAUGCGCAACCGACACGCUGGGAUAUGCGGGAAUUCUUUGCUGAUAACUGUGCCGUUACGGAUGCGAUUGUCCAGAAGCUUCACGCGUUAAAUGAAGUUCAGCAGCUGGAUCUGGUACCGGAAAAAUUUCUGGAAAACCGUCGUCUGCUUGCAAAGGAGGUUUUUGGUUUAGCAUAG